AACAAAUGGGGGGUUCAACAGAAAAAAUACAGAUAGGGGAAGAUCCUGCAGAUUAUAAUAAGGAUGAAGACAAUAAAGAAAUGGCAAUACGUUAUCUGGGUGCCUUCCGAUCGGACCAGCUGACCGACCUGAAGAAAUUAUACAGCGCCAACCAUGAUGCCUUAUUCAAGCCUGUGACAAUCUAUGGUGACACAGUAUUUCAUAUUGCUGCCUACAGAGGAGAUGCUAAACUGCUUAGUUACUUGCUUGAAAAGUUACCCUCAAAUAACAUUCGCGAAGUCCUUUCUCGCAAGAAUAUUUAUGGAAACACUCCUCUUCAUGAUGCAGCAAAUUGCACAGAGGAUAUAAGGGCAGCCGUGAUCCUGGUUAGGAAGCUGCUGGUUGCGGAAGAGGGUACAAAACGAGUACAUGAAAAGGAUAUGCGUGAGCGCGAAGAACUGCUCAAGGUUCGGAACAAUUUAGGCGAAACACCUCUUUACAAGGCUGCAGCUCUUGGUAAUUUCGAGUUGUUGAAGCAUUUGGCUGCGGAAGCUAAGCAGCUUGGAGACAUGAAGGACCAUUUUCACAGAAAUGAUCACUUCUCCAUUCUUCAAAUUGCUAUCAUUGGCCAACAUUUUGAGGUAGCUCUUUGGUUAUUAAGAAACAAUGCAGAAUUACUCUCUCCAAACGAGGAACGAAACUACAUGAUAUUUUCAAGUCUCUGUCUACUAGCUUCCAUGCCCAGGGCUUUUAAGAGUUCCUGCCUCAGGGAAGGACUAGAAGCAUUCAUCUAUAAUUGCUUACCAAAGUUAUUGCACGGCAACAAGGAUGAUGAUCAAGAGCAAAAGGACAAGCAGUCCAAUUUCGUAUGGAGAUUCCUUAGCCAUCUCAAUAUCUUUAAAGCAAUACCAAAAUUAUACAGACUUUUUUGGGAGACACUAGCCGAAGAAUAUAAGAUGGUUAAAGUUACGAAAGAGUUAAAGGAAAAGCACAAAUUAGCCAACGAACUGGCCAAGAUUCUGGUGGAGAAAGACACUUCUUGGACAGCAAGUCAUAAAAUGAAUGACAACAUAAUCUGCAUCGGGGAAGACCAGAACCAAGCAUCAAAACUUGAAUUUGAAACUCAAGAAAGAACUGGAGACAAUAUCAUUUACACGAGCUCCACAAAGAAAGCAACAUCAUCACUUGAAACUCCAUUGCUAAUUGCUGCCAGCAAAGGAAUACAAGAAAUUGUUAGUUGGACAUUCAAGACAUACCCUCAGGCUAUUGAACACGUUAACAGCACGGGUCAGAACAUUUUGCAUGUAGCUGUAAGAUACCGGCAACCUAAGAUAUUUAGUAUGGUGAGAGAUGAUGACAUAACAGCAGUGGAAAGGUUAGCUGUGACCAUUGACAACAACGGCUAUACUAUUCUGCAUCAUGCUGCAGACACCUCAUGUUACAAUGGUGGAACUCAGCCCGGUGCUGCAUUGCAGCUGCAAGAGGAACUGGAAUGGUUUGCGAAAGUGAAGAAACUAAUCCCUUCACACUAUGAGAUACGACUCACCUUUGCAUUCAAUUUCCUCUUCUUCUCUGUUGCCACAGCAAUGCUCGCCUUCACCUCCACCAUCUUGCUCACCAUUCAGCCCCGGAAUUCGUUGGUCAAGACACUUAACUAUGUUGCUGCUUUCAUUCCAAUUGCUGUCUUUGUCAUGGCACAAUAUCCUUUAUACGUUGCAUUCUACCGGACUCUCAGAAGCAGUUUUAGGCAGAUUUGCAAAAUUAUUCUCCCUAAGAAAUGCGAGAACUUGCUUUUCAAGCACCGGAAGGGAGCAUCCAUGAUGUAA